GGUUAAGCGUUCAUCGAAGAGGGAAUACAUUUCACUCCGUCUCCCGAUCUCCCACCUACGCUACCGUUUCCCCUGCCCGAGUCAGCCCCGGGUGUCACACCGAGGUUUUGGCUUCCGGCUUAAGGCUUCGUUAGAAUCCACCCACGCGGUCGCCGGUCCUGCGGGGAGUGCGCGCUCGAAGGACUUCCGUUCUCCAACAAUAUGACCCGCCGUCACUUCGGGAUCAAUCUCAGACAAAAUUAUGAAGAAAACCGGCGAUGGAAAAUCCGAGGAAUUUGAGAAUGGUGGCACGUAUCUAGGUCGGGAAUAAAAGGAGAAAGAAAAAAUGCGGAGGUCAUUCGAUGUCCUAUUACGUAUCAUGUGAUGGUGCGUAUGAUGAUGUAAGGCGAAGAAGAAAAAGAGAUAGAGAGGGAGAGAAAGAGAGAGAGAGAGCGAGAGAGAUGUGAGAGAUGUUGUGAUUUAUCAUCGUCGCGACAAUCGUCCAAGGCAAUUUCUCGGAUUUUUUAUAAGACCUCGGUUCAUGAAUAUCAAAAUUCAAGUGUGACGUUUAUAGGGGCGGUAAUAUCUCUCUCGCCAAAGUAAUGCCGCUGCAAUUAGCGUGUCGCUGGUAAUUGCCGCUUCGUAGCAAAGAGGAGAGAAAGUGCAAAGUGCGAUAAACAAGUGCGAAGAAUUGUUUUCUCCGACCGGAGAGGGUGGUUUGGUCCAUUCGCUGUUUAUUAUUUGCACGGACGUAUACGAUAUACGGAUGAAAAAAUGCCGAGGAAAAGAAAUCUUUCCAAGUUUUCUCCCGAAAUGCGAACAGAUUUAUCAGUGCGUGCAUCGAAUCGACACCAGUCAGAUGCAGUGCAAUUGUUCCCGAAUUACGAAAGCGUCGAAAUCACAGCAUGCAGAGAUAAUCCGCAGAUUUGCGGAACAGAAGCGGCCUGUCGCAGCUUCGCGGACAACACGUCGAAAUGCGUGUGUCCUCAUGACUUGUCAUCGCCAACGUCAAAUUUAAGAUGCCCGAAUCGUCUAAUCGUUCCCCUUACGCCUCGGCCUAUACACAACAUAAUACCUCCAACAGUAACCUCCGGUAACAACACAAAUAGCACAAAUAGCACGAAUGUGCUUCCGGAAGCUGAGCAGGUGGAGGGGUUGAAAUACGAGGUACCUGAAAUCGUAGGGAUAGCUGCAGUAGCUUUAUUCGCGAUAAUUAUGCUCAUACUGAGCAUCGUGUAUGGCGUGAGAAGACGAAGCUAUAGCAUCAAGUCGCAAAGAAGUCCUCUAGAUGGAACUCCAAUAAAUCUGAAGAAGGGCCUGUUACUAGCGCACAAGUACACGUCCAAUCCUCAAUAUUUCACCUGCACGUCUCCGGGGGUUCCGAUAAUAGAACGUGAAAGCCUUAUAUUUCUGCACGACCUCGGCGAAGGUUGCUUCGGAAAGGUUUACAAAGGCGAGUGGCACAACGAUGACACGAAGGAGAUUGUCGCUAUAAAGGUACUAAAGGACACCGCUACGCCCGAAACCGAGCAGGAUUUCAUGCGCGAGGUAGACAUCAUGUCCACGUUCAGCCACGCGAACAUUUUGUCCCUCAAGGGCAUGGUACUUCGAGACGCGACGAACAAUCCGUGGAUGGUGUUCGAGUACAUGCCGUACGGUGACCUCGCCGAGGUACUACGGGCAAACUCUCCGCAAUUCAGAUCAUCGAAACCUGGAUUACAGCCAUUAACGAAGGACUCGCUACACUGGAUCUCGAUUCAAAUUGCGGCCGGCAUGACGUAUCUGUCGGCUCAAAGAUUCGUACAUCGUGAUCUGGCGUGUCGAAACUGUCUAGUGGGAUCAAGCUUAAUAGUGAAAAUCGCUGAUUUCGGCAUGUCGCGAGAUAUUUACACUUGCGAUUAUUACAAGAUUGGAGGCUCACGUUUGUUGCCAGUACGAUGGAUGGCGCCGGAGAGCGUCGUUUACGGCAGAUUCACUUUAGAAACUGAUGUAUGGAGUUUCGGCGUUGUCCUCUGGGAAGUUUACUCAUUCGGCAAACAGCCGUACUACGGAUUCAGCAACGAGGAGGUCGUGAAACUUAUACUUCAAGGGACGCUACUUAUCCCGCCGGACGAGUGUCCAGCCGUCGUGUGUCAAAUAAUGCACGAUUGUUGGAAGAUCGAGCCACGGGAGCGAAUCAAGUUUCCCGACAUUCUGGAGAGGUUGGAAAAGACGCAAAACGAAUUGACGGCAGGAAGCCGGCAAGGAACGCUGCCGAGGCCGCCGCAAGGCCCGGUGCUGCUGCGUACCCCGGACGUUUUGGAUCCGGACGGCUACUUGCUUCCGGCUCCUGCGAUCCCGCGCGAGUAUAUGCAGGCCCUCCCAGCUCUGUCCAACUGAUGAAUUUCGUGACAGUGUGAAAGAAUGAAAACUUCAAUUUUCGAAGUCACAAUACUUACGAUACUUUGUGCGAGUGAAGUACGAUGCGCGCGCGAUGUGCGUGAAGAAUAAACUGACGAAGUGAAGCCUACCGAAUUCCUGUGAAAUAAGAAAUACUAAAGUUAAUAAUAUAUUCCGGUUGUGAAAUGCACAGCUUACUAUAUCAUUGAAGUUGAUGAAUUAAAAGUAUAAAGCACGUAGUCUUUGUCGUUAUUAUUCGACGGAAUAGCAGCAUAAGCAGAUAUAUUAUCGCAGGCAUCUAUAUAUAAAUGAACCAAAUUUUUAUGGCAGAUGCUUCGACAAGUUUAAAAUUGAUUACUACUUUUUAAAUUUCAAAUUGUAUAUAUUUUUAUAAUUAAA